AUGUCAGCACCAGCCUCCGGGGCCGAGUUCCAGGCCUCAAGCCCGCUCAAGAAGUUCAAGCUCGUCUUCCUCGGAGAGCAGAGCGUCGGAAAGACGUCACUUAUUACGCGUUUCAUGUACGAUACGUUCGACAACACGUACCAGGCGACGAUCGACAAUGUACCUCGAGGAUCGCACUGUGCGGCUGCAACUAUGGGACACUGCCAGGAACGUUUCCGAUCUCUCAUCCCCUCGUACAUCCGAGAUUCAUCGGUCGCGGUCAUCGUGUACGAUAUCACGAACCGCACCUCCUUCCUCAACACGACCAGGUGGGUUGACGACGUGCGCAACGAGCGCGGUGACGACGUGAUCAUUGUGCUUGUCGGGAACAAGACGGACCUGAAUGACAAGCGCCAAGUGACGCAGGACGAGCUCGAGAAGCGCGCAAAGGAGCUCAACAUCAUGAGCAUUGAGACGAGCGCAAAGGCCGGUCACAAUGUCAAGACGCUGUUCAAGAAGAUUGCCAUGGCGCUUCCGGGUGGGAGCACCGAGGCUGCCGCGGCCGCAGAAAACCAGAAAAUCGACGUCUCGAAGCCGACCCAGGAGGUGCCCGAGGCCUCUGGGUGUGCGUGCUAG